UGACCUUUGACACCAGAAGAGCCGUUAUCCGCCAUUCUUUGUCCAGAGGAUAUUUUUGUUGACCUAUCUUUUCUCUCAUUUCCCCGAAAAUCCUUUAUUGUGAGCACAUCACAUACCACCAAAAAGCGUUAGCGCCAGCGGCCUCAGGCAGAAAUGGACUUCAACAAAAUUGAAGCGGAGGAGAGGCACAUCUUCAAGCUGUGGACAUUGUGUCGUGUCUGUGGCCAGGCAGGAGAGAAGCUUCAGUACUGCUUGGACAACUACGCCGAAUUGCUGGAGUUGCUGUAUGGCAUCUACCUCAGCGAGGAUGACCCUGCGGUCCACCCCCAGAUGGUUUGCCAGAAAUGCCGCCUGGUCCUGCAGCAGUACCUCAAGAAGUCCCCCAAGUCAAAGAAACCACCGUUACCCGAAUUGUACACAUUUUAUAAGCACAGUGACAUGUGCUUUGUCUGCGACCGGGCAUCGGGCUUGCUUCCCAAGAGAAAAUUGUCCAUUGACACUGGGGAUUCUGCAUCACAGGCCAAGAUAGCAAGACAUGACAAUGACCAAUCCAUUGCCCAUAGUGAGGGAGAGAAGGACACCGAAGAUGGCACGGGCUCCAAGAAAGGGAACUCUGAUGAGUUAUCAGAACAGGACACUGUUAGAGCUAAUGUUCUCCUGCAAGCUAUCCAGGGAGCUAUUGCUGAUGAGACUCUGGUUGCUGACUCAGAGGAAAUGAUCGAUGAGCCUGAACAAGAUGGCUUUACUAAAUAUGUCUACCUGAACAUGAUUCGCCGAUUCAAAGCACGCAACAUCAAGGGGGAGAAGGCAAGACAGAGCAUCGACAUCAACCGCUUCAAUCAGAAGAACUUUGCCUACGCGUUCCUGACAUGCUCUCUUUGCAAACGACUGCCCUUGAAACCAGUCAGCACAGAGUGUAAGCACAUCUUCUGUGAGGCUUGCAUCAGCGACUGGCUAAAUUUUGGCAACGUCUGCCCCAAAUGUGAGGAGGUGAUUGUGGAGCUGUCAGAUGCAUCCGAGCAGCUGAAUCAUCUGUAUAUGCUCCUGGAUGCCCCUUGCUCGUUUGCCAGCAAAGGAUGCGAGGCGAAGCUCAACCCCUUUGAGAUCAAUGGGCAUGAGAAGGACUGCCCUUACAAUGACAGAAAUGACAGUUCCAAUUCCAGUGAGGAGGAAGAAGAGGAGGAGAAGGAGGAGAAGGAGGAACAUCAAGAGGUUCAGCGGAAGCCAUCAGCACCUCGCAAGAGGAGGUCACUGCGCUAUGUCACCUGUAAAUUAGCGACUUCACGGGUUAAGGACAUGGUGGAGUUUCUUGACAAGACCUGCAAGCAAGAAAGAGAGGACAAGAUUGAUGUGUUGUUCUACAUGUUGCGGGAAGCAUUGACAGAAGCUGAGGAUGCCCGGGCCACGACUGUGAAUCUCCUGUGGCAACACAAGGCAAAGGCUCAACACGCGAGAGGUAGAGGUAGACCACCGUCUGCCGCAAAACUGGCAUCAGGAAGACAGAGUCGGAGGAAAGGAAUGCCAAGAAAAAGGGGACGACCUCGGAAGGUACCAGUCGAGGAACUUCCCGGAUCUACCAGUGAGGAAGAUGAAGAAGCGGAGGAAGAGGGUGACGAAGCUAAAGGCGAGGAAGACGAAGAGAGUGGUGACCAAGAGGAAGAUGAGGAAGAAGAAAUUGAGGAGGAAGAAGACUUGGAGGAAAAAGAUGCAACAUGGAAGCCACAGUCUACCAUCCGGAGGAGGCAAGUAAGGAAUCACACAGAGGUAGCAGAGGAGAAAGAUGACAAAAACGCUCCAAAGGAACACGAUUAUUCUAAAGAUAACGAAGCCUUUGAAUCCAAAGUGCAGAUCACUGUUCAGCAAGUCCAAGAUACCGGUACGUGCAACACCAGCGAGAAUGUUGCCAUGCAGGUAGUCAUGCUACCGGUAGGAGGUGAUGAACAGCCACAUCAGGAUUCCACUGACAUGGUUCAGUGAAAAAAA